GUAGUUCAUCUUUAAACUAAGACAAGAUUUUCUGACAGGGAACUAGUACUUAACAUGGUGUAUUCCUGGCAACGAAACCCGGGAUCCCGGUGUUUGCUGCUCUCUCUUCUGCUCCUUGCAUUCUGGGAGGCUGGGAGCGGCCAGCUUCACUACUCCAUCCCGGAGGAGGCCAAACACGGCACCUUUGUGGGACGCAUCGCUCAGGAUCUGGGAUUGGAGCUGGUGGAGCUGGUGCCGCGCCUUUUCCGAGUAGUGUCCAAAGGCGGUGGGGACCUUCUGGAGGUAAAUCUGCAGAAUGGUGUUUUGUUUGUGAAUUCUCGGAUUGACCGGGAGGAGCUGUGCGGGCGGAACACGCAGUGCAGCAUCCACCUGGAGGUGAUAGUGGACAGGCCGCUUCAAGUUUUCCAUGUGGAGGUGGAGGUGAAGGACAUAAAUGACAACCCGCCUGUGUUCCCAUUAGAAGAACAAAAGCUGUUUGUUUCAGAAUCUAGAAUGCCAGACUCUCGGUUUCCGCUAGAGGGCGCGUCGGACGCAGAUAUUGGCGCUAACUCCGUUUUAACCUACAGCCUUAGCUCUAAUGAUUACUUUACAUUAGAUGUAAAAGCAAAGAACGAGGAAAAUAAACUGGUUGAGCUCGUAUUAAGGAAACCCUUGGACAGAGAGGCCGCUACAGCACACAGUUUAUUCCUGACAGCCACUGAUGGAGGCAAACCUGACCUUACAGGCACCGUUCAGCUGCUGAUCACCGUGCUGGAUGUCAACGAUAAUGUUCCUACUUUUGAAAAAUCUGAAUAUGAAGUAAGAAUAUUUGAAAACGCGGAAAAUGGAACAACAGUUAUCAGAUUGAAUGCUUCUGAUCGCGAUGAAGGUGCAAAUGCGGCAAUUUCAUACUCUUUUAAUAGGCUUGUUCCAACCAUGAUUAUUGAUCAAUUUAGCAUAGAUGCAAAUACUGGAGAAAUAGUAAUUCAACGUAAUUUGGAUUUUGAACAAGUAAAUUUAUACAAAAUCCGUGUUGAUGCGACGGACAAAGGCCACCCUCCAAUGGUAGGUCAUUGCACUGUUUUAAUAAGAGUUUUGGAUAAAAAUGAUAAUGCCCCCCAGAUUGCAUUGACUUCCUUAUCCUUGCCUGUCAGAGAGGAUGCCCAAUUCGGCACUGUCAUUGCCCUGAUCAGUGUGAACGACCUUGAUUCAGGUGCCAAUGGGCAGGUUAUGUGUUCCCUGACGCCCGACAUUCCCUUCAAGCUUGUGUCCACCUUCAAGAAUUACUAUUCGUUGGUGCUGGACAGCCCCCUGGACCGUGAGAGUGUGUCAGCUUAUGAGUUGGUGGUGACGGCAAGGGACGGGGGCUCGCCUUCACUUUGGGCCACGGCCAGUGUGUCCGUGGAGGUGACCGAUGUGAACGACAAUGCGCCGGUCUUUGCACAGCCCGAGUACACCGUGUUCGUGAAGGAGAACAACCCGCCGGGCUGCCACAUCUUUACUGUAUCUGCGCGGGACGCGGAUGCGCAGGAGAACGCGCUGGUGUCCUACUCGCUGGUGGAGAGGCGGGUGGGCGAGCGCGCGCUGUCGAGCUACAUUUCGGUGAACGCGGAGAGCGGCAAGGUGUACGCGCUGCAGCCACUGGACCACGAGGAGCUGGAGCUGCUGCAGUUCCAGGUGAGCGCACGCGACACAGGCGUGCCACCGCUGGGCAGCAACGUGACCCUGCAGGUGUUCGUGCUGGACGAGAACGACAAUGCCCCCAAGCUGCUGACGCCUCGGGUUGGUGGCAGUGGCCACAUGCUGACUGAGCUGGUGCCGCGGUCAGUGGGGGCGGGCCAUGUGGUGGCGAAGGUGCGCGCGGUGGACGCGGACUCAGGCUACAACGCGUGGUUGUCAUAUGAGCUGGAGCCAGCAGAAGGCAAUGCCCGCGGCCCGUUCCACGUGGGUCUGUACACGGGCGAAAUUAGUACCAUGCGCGCCUUGGACGAGGAGGACUCUCAGCGCCAGCACCUACUGGUGCUGGUGAAAGACCACGGAGAUCCAGCACUGACUGCCACGGCCACGGUGCUGGUGUCCCUGGUGGAGCACGGCCAGGCGCCAAAGGCCUCCUCACGGGCAUUUUCGAGGGCCGCAGGACAGGAGGCGGUGUUGGUGGAUGUCAACGUGUACCUGAUCAUCGCCAUCUGUGCGGUGUCUAGCUUGUUGGUGCUCACGCUGCUGCUGUACACGGUGCUGCGGUGCUCAGCGCCUCCCGCCGCGAGCGCGGGCGAGCGGAACAAACCCAGGCUGAUGUGCUCCGGCGCGGUGGGGAGCUGGUCAAACUCGCAGCAGAGAAGGCAGGGAUGUGCUCUGGAGAGGGGCUGCCCAAGACCGACCUCAUGGCCUUCAGCCCCAGCCUUCCACCGACUCUGA